AUGGUCCACGCCGAGGCGUUUUCCCGUCCCCUGAGUCGCAAUGAGGUGGUCGGAUUAAUCUUCCGCUUGACGAUAUUUGGUGCCGUGACCUAUUUUACCAUCAAAUGGAUGGUAGAUGCCAUUGAUCCGACCAGAAAGCAAAAAGUAGAAGCUCAGAAACAGGCUGAAAAGCUAAUGAAGCAGAUUGGAGUGAAAAAUGUGAAGCUCACUGAAUAUGAAAUGAGCAUUGCUGCCCAUCUCGUUGACCCCCUCAGUAUGCACGUCACCUGGAAUGAUAUUGCAGGCUUGGAUGAUGUUAUUACAGAUUUGAAAGACACGGUCAUUUUGCCCAUCAAGAAGAAAUACCUGUUUGAGAAUUCCAGGCUCUUACAGCCACCUAAAGGGGUGCUUCUGUACGGCCCUCCUGGCUGUGGCAAAACCCUGAUCGCCAAAGCGACAGCCAAGGAGGCAGGUUGUCGAUUCAUCAACCUGCAGCCUUCGACGCUGACUGACAAAUGGUACGGGGAGUCCCAAAAACUGGCUGCUGCCGUCUUCUCCCUCGCUGUGAAGCUCCAGCCCUCCAUCAUUUUUAUUGAUGAAAUAGAUUCGUUCUUGCGAAGCCGCUCGAGUUCUGACCACGAAGCUACGGCUAUGAUGAAAGCUCAGUUCAUGAGUCUGUGGGACGGUCUGGACACCGAUUACAACUGCCAAGUGAUUGUGAUGGGAGCCACCAACCGGCCGCAGGACCUCGACUCGGCCAUCAUGAGGCGAAUGCCGACGCGAUUUCACAUCAACCAGCCCGCUCUGAAGCAGAGAGAAGCAAUCCUGAAGCUAAUUCUGAAAAACGAAAAUGUGGACAGGCACGUAGACCUCCUAGAAGUUGCUAAAGAAACCGAUGGCUUCUCAGGGAGCGACCUGAAGGAAAUGUGCCGGGACGCAGCCCUGCUGUGCGUGCGGGAAUACGUGAACUCCGCCUGCGAGGAGGAGAACCACGACGAAGAUGAAAUCCGGCCCGUGCAGCAGCAGGAUCUGCAGAGGGCGAUUGAGAAGAUGAGAAGGUCGAAGGACGCCACGCUGCAAAAUGUCCUGAUGCAUGUUAGUCUAGAUUAAGGUUGCCGAGUGUGUUGGCAGUUCCUGACGUGAUUUAGUUUGUUGGCUUCUGUA